CGAGCGCUCGAGGAUCGGAACGGACUAAUAAGGCUCGUUUGAAGUGCGGACGUGUCAGAGGCCUUCGCGGGCGUGAGCCGUGCGCGCGAGUCGCGCGGGGUGCGCGUGCACGGCGGGGGUGCCGUUGAGUGGACGAAUCGCGUCGGCGUCGCGUUCCACGCUCGAUUCGCCCGCCUCACUUUAAAGCGGCAGCUCGCUCCCGCUUGUGCUCGUCGUCCACCUCAAGGCGAGCGGCAGAGGCAGCGGCCAAUCGGCGCGCCAUUAGAGGCUUGACAGGAAGCCGUUUAUGGGAGCGCAGCUCUAAUUAGCCUCAUGAACUAACACAUCUGCCCGCACCGAGUCACCGAGGAAAACGAUGGCAUCCAUGGAUUAGUUUGGGGGCGCACGGACACUUUUGCCCGCCUGCCGCAUGCUGCGCGUUUCCUCAACUUCGCCAACUUUGCGCGCUUCGUCAACUCUGGAGUAUUUUCCACGAUAAGUUCCACUUCGAGUGGGUUCACGUGGACUACCGCGCCAUGUUCCAACCCGCACCCAAGAGGUGUUUCACCAUCGAGUCGCUGGUGGCCAAGGAUAAUCCGGUCCCGGCGUCGCGCUCGGAGGAGCCCAUCAGGCCGGCGGCUCUCAGCUACGCCCACUCGGGCCAGAUGAACCCCUUCCUCAACGGCUUCCACUCCAGCGGCAGGGGGGUCUACUCCAACCCGGACUUGGUGUUCGCCGAGACGGUCUCGCAUCCGCCCAACUCGGCGGUGCCGGUGCAUCCGGUGGCCGGGCCGCACGGGCUGGCCGCUCACCCGCUCUCGUCCCCGCACAGUCAGCACCCUCUUUUUGGCGGCCAGCAAAGGGACCCCUCCACCUUCUACCCCUGGUUAUUACACAGAUAUAGAUACUUGGGGCACAGAUUUCAAGGUAAAAGUGUGGUUUCAGAACCGGAGGACGAAAUUCAAGAGACAGAAGCUGGAGGAGGAGGGCUCCGAGUCCCAGCAGAAGAAGAAGGGCUCCCAUCACAUCAACCGCUGGAGGCUGGCCACCAAACAGCCCAGUCCGGAGGAAAUCGACGUGACUUCGGACGAUUAAAACCAGACUCAAACGUGCUUCUGAGCGGAGGAGGACGCGAAUACGGGAUACCGUGGACAGACAGAAGGGUCGAAUAACCCAAGGUGACAUUUCACACCUCCGAUGGGCAGCUGAGGGCGACGGAAGGCCGGCUGGUGCUGGUCCACGGCCCAGCUGUCACCCUGCGGGCCCGUCAGUCCAAAAAAACCAGGAACAUGGUACUGAUGACACAAUGUGUCUCACCAUCCGCCAACACCUGAAUUAUUCUUUUUUUUUUUGGUUUGAUUUUUUUUCUCCAAUUCAUAUUGGACGUUUGCACUUCCAUUUUCUUCCCACUCAAGAUACCAAAACUGUUUUUUUUUUUUUUUUUUUUUAAAACAAACUUGAAUUGCAUGGUAGUUGUUUUAAUUUGACACAAUCAAGAGGAAGACAAAACACAUUUUUAUUUGACUAUUUUCAAACAGAGAGGUGCUGUACUUCUCUUUCAAACAGUGUGCGGUCUUUAAAUCAUCAUUCUCGUGUAAAAGUGAUUGUGGAAACAUAUGAAGUAGCAGUGCUUUAUCGUGUUUUUUUGGGUUUUUUUUUUAAAUCAAGAAAAGAGCAAAAACUGGUUUUCGAGAAAGAAAGAAAAAAAGACAAUUUAAGGGAAGUCAUCAAGACAUUCCUAGAACCUCUAAAGCUUUACCAGUGUGUGGCUGUGCUUGGCCGCACGCACGCACGCAGCCACGUGAGCCUCCACUCCAUCAUGCCACAAAGAUGAAUUAUAAACAAACAAACAAAUGGAAAAAAAACAAGCACUGAUCGUAUUCCAUGUACAGAAAAAAAAGUUAUUGUUAUUGCUUCUGUUAAACUCUCUUUUUCAGAAUGUAAAUAAUUUUUGUGUCUGUGUUAAGUUUGCUACAAUUUUAACACAAAGUAUACUUCCAAGAAGUAUGUAAUUGUCCAUAUUUUGUCAAUAAAGUUUUAUCAAUAUGUCGCGCGGCGUAAAAAUA